UGCAUUGACUAUAGGGAGUUGAACAAAGUAACCGUAAAGAACAGAUAUCCCUUGCCCAGGAUUGACGAUCUAUUUGACCAGUUACAGGGAGCCACAGUGUUCUCUAAGAUUGAUCUUCGGUCGGGAUACCAUCAGCUGAGGAUUAAGGAUGAGGAUAUACCGAAGACAGCAUUUCGAUCCAGAUAUGGACACUACGAGUUUAUUGUGAUGUCUUUUGGUUUGACGAAUGCUCCGGCAGUGUUUAUGGACUUGAUGAACAGAGUGUUUAGGGAGUUCCUAGAUACUUUUGUGAUUGUGUUUAUCGACGAUAUCUUGAUAUACUCCAAGACGGAGGCCGAACACGAGGAGCAUUUACGUAUGGUUUUACAAACACUUCGGGAUAAUAAAUUAUACGCAAAGUUCUCGAAGUGCGAGUUUUGGCUGAAGCAGGUGUCCUUUCUGGGCCACGUGGUUUCUAAGGCUGGAGUCUCUGUAGAUCCAGCUAAGAUAGAGGCAGUCACCGGUUGGACCCGACCUUCCACAGUCAGUGAGGUUCGUAGUUUUCUGGGUUUAGCAGGCUAUUAUCGACGGUUUGUGGAGAACUUUUCUCGUAUAGCUACUCCUCUUACUCAGUUGACCAGAAAGGGAGCUCCUUUUGUUUGGAGCAAGGCAUGUGAGGACAGUUUUCAGACCCUUAAACAGAAGUUAGUUACCGCACCGGUUCUUACGGUACCUGAUGGUUCUGGCAAUUUCGUGAUUUAUAGUGAUGCUUCCAAGAAGGGUCUGGGUUGUGUUUUGAUGCAGCAGGGUAAGGUGGUCGCUUAUGCGUCUCGUCAGUUGAAGAGUCAUGAGCAGAACUACCCUACACAUGAUCUAGAGUUGGCAGCAGUGGUUUUUGCUUUGAAAAUAUGGAGGCAUUAUUUAUAUGGUGAAAAGAUACAGAUAUUCACAGAUCAUAAGAGCUUGAAAUACUUCUUUACUCAGAAAGAAUUGAAUAUGAGACAGCGAAGGUGGCUUGAGUUAGUGAAGGACUACGAUUGUGAGAUACUGUAUCAUCCAGGCAAGGCGAAUGCACCAAGGCAGAAACCAGGGGGUUUAUUACAACCCUUGUGCAUACCGGAAUGGAAGUGGGAGAACGUGUCCAUGGAUUUCAUUACAGGGCUACCGAGAACUCUGAGGGGUUUUACAGUGAUCUGGGUUGUGGUGGACAGACUUACUAAAUCAGCGCACUUCGUUCCGGGUAAAUCCACCUAUACUGCUAGUAAGUGGGCACAGUUGUACAUGUCUGAGAUAGUGAGAUUACAUGGAGUGCCAGUGUCGAUUGUUUCUGAUAGAGAUGCCCGUUUCACUUCCAAAUUUUGGAAGGGUUUGCAGACUGCUAUGGGCACGAGGUUGGACUUUAGUACGGCUUUCCAUCCACAGACUGACGGUCAGACUGAGCGUCUGAACCAGGUUUUAGAGGAUAUGUUGCGGGCGUGUGCAUUGGAAUUUCCAGGUAGCUGGGACUCCCACUUACAUUUGAUGGAAUUUGCUUAUAAUAACAGUUAUCAGGCUACUAUUGGCAUGGCACCGUUUGAGGCCCUGUACGGCAGAUGUUGUAGAUCCCCGGUUUGCUGGGGUGAGGUGGGUGAGCAGAGAUUGAUGGGUCCUGAGUUAGUUCAGUCUACUAACGAAGCAAUUCAGAAGAUUAGAUCACGCAUGCAUACCGCUCAGAGUAGACAGAAGAGUUAUGCAGAUGUGAGGCGGAAGGACCUUGAGUUUGAGAUAGGGGAUAAGGUGUUCUUAAAGGUAGCACCUAUGAAAGGUGUCUUGCGUUUUGAAAGGAGAGGAAAGUUGAGUCCCCGUUUUGUUGGGCCAUUUGAGAUUCUGGAGCGGAUUGGCCCUGUAGCUUAUCGCUUGGCAUUGCCUCCAUCACUCUCGACAGUUCAUGAUGUGUUUCACGUUUCUAUGUUGAGGAAGUACGUGCCAGAUCCAUCCCAUGUAGUGGAUUACGAGCCACUAGAGAUUGAUGAAAACUUGAGCUAUGUUGAACAACCUGUUGAGGUGCUUGCUAGGGAGGUGAAGACGUUGAGGAAUAAACAAAUUCCCCUAGUUAAGGUCUUAUGGCGGAAUCACCGGGUAGAAGAGGCUACAUGGGAGCGUGAAGACGACAUGAGGUCCCGUUAUCCCGAACUG